GUGCUGACGGAGAGAGCAGGUGGAUGUGAUUAAAAACACCGCAUUGAUCCGGUUGAAGCUUUGACUGAAAACCUGUGCAGGAGGACAGAGAGCAGAGAAAGUGAUGCUUCAGCACGUUGGACAGCUCCGCUGAUUUCUGCUUUUCUCUUCAUCUGACCAUCUGAGGAUGACUGGAAACCUGUCUCUGUGGACUUCCACGCUGGCUGACCCCUUACAGAACAUCUCUGGUUUCUCUCUGCUCAACUCAUCCGCUCCACCCUCCCCUCCACCCUGGGAGGCUCCAUCCUUCACCGUGGCGGCCCGCUGCCGUGUAGCAGCCACCCUGGUGCUGUUUGUCUUUGCCGCUGUCAGUAACCUGUCCGUCCUCAUUAGUGUGUGCUGGGGGCGGGGAUAUCGCCUGGCAGCACACCUCCGCCCACUCAUCGCUAGCUUGGCAUCAGCUGACCUGGUGAUGACUUUCGUAGUGAUGCCACUAGAUGCUAUUUGGAACAUUACAGUGCAGUGGUAUGCUGGAGAUGUCAUGUGCAAGCUGUUGUGUUUCCUCAAGCUCUUUGCCAUGCACUCGGCUGCAUUCAUACUGGUGGUGGUGAGUCUGGACCGCUAUCGGGCCAUCCUUCACCCUCUGGACUCUCUGGAUGCUGGGCUCAGGAACAGACGCAUGCUGCUGGUGGCCUGGACUCUGAGUGUGCUGCUGGCCUCUCCUCAGCUGUUCAUCUUUCGGGCCAUCAAGGCUGAUGGAGUGGACUUCACUCAGUGUGUGACCCAUGGAAGUUUCUGGCAUCGCUGGCAGGAGACAGCAUACAACAUGUUUCACUUUGUGACGCUGUAUGUCUUCCCCCUGCUUGUCAUGACUUUCUGCUACACCCGCAUCCUCACCAAGAUCAAUGGGCAGAUGCACAAGAGCAAAGAUGGUGAACACUGCCUGCGACGCAGUGGAACAGACAUGAUACCCAAAGCCCGGAUGAAGACCCUCAAGAUGACCAUUGUGAUUGUUAGCUCCUUUGUCAUCUGUUGGACACCCUACUACCUCUUGGGGAUCUGGUACUGGUUCCAACCAGCAAUGAUCCAGCACACACCUGAGUAUGUGCACCACAUACUUUUUGUCUUUGGCAACCUGAACACGUGCUGUGAUCCUGUUAUCUACGGCUUCUACACGCCAUCUUUCCGGGCCGACCUUGCUGAUGUGGUGGCGUGUUGCUGCUGUCGCCGGACCAACAACGCCUCGCCUCGCUCUGUGGAUCAUCUGUCUGCUCGAAGUGCUGGAGCUGCUGGGGAGCUGGAGUCUGAUCUGAGCUCAAACCCACACAGCGGGAAUCCCAGUUAAACAAUGGCAAUAUGACUGUGAGCGCAGUUAAGCACUCUUAUAGUAUACCCAAUGUCCUUCAUGCAAGUAUCAGCUGUUUGAUGCUCAAGGAAUUAUCUGAGUACAGUAUUGGAUUAUGAACAAUUUUGGCUUUUCUUGGUCUUUACAAUAACACAUUUGAGCUGUGGAACUAUGAUCUGAAAGGAAAUGCCUCUUCUCAAUGUCUGCACCAACAUAUGUUUGAUGUUGCUGUAAAUGUUGAAUUACUGCAUAAGAGUAUAAUAUAUAUAAUAUUAUAUAUAAUAAUGUAUUAUAUAUUUACCCCAUUUGUUUUUGGUUUGGGCACAUGUUUGACCCAACAAAUUCAAAGUCUUUUUGAACUCCGUAGCUCUGCCAUGAUCUGCAGCAGUCUUCUGAGAUAUUUUAUUCAUCCAUUUCACAGCUGUGUAAACGGAGCAUCUCACACACAGCUCAACGCAUCAUAACAGUUCACUCAAAGCACCAAAUUUGGCACAUGUUGACUGAAUACUGGACCUUCACAAACUCACACCUUAGUGGCCAUGGCAGCCAUAUUUAAAAGUGGCCACCAGUGGUUGGUUAGACUUUGGCCCCAUAUGCUAUAACUGAUAUAAUCUAGAUCCUAAUUACCCUGCGAAUCAAAUAAAUCACCAAAAAAACUGACAUUUUGGUGAAAAAGUAUCCAAUCAGUCCAAUCUGUUUUAUCAGCUACGGUGUAAUCCUUUGCAUCAUUUGACCAUUGCCCAACAAUUUAUUGCAUUGGAUUUUACUGUUUUCCCCUCAACUCAUUCUAAUUGAGCACAUUAUCUGGGCUAGUCUUAAUUAUUCAGUUUGCAGAAAUUAUCCUUCGCAUUCUUAACUUCUCAUGGGCAACAUUGGAUUGAAAGACACGGUUGUGCUCCUGAGUCUGAUUUUACAUUUAGAUCUUUUUUAUGCAAGAAAAUCACAGUGCCUGGUCAGACAACCAUACAGACGUUGGCUCAUUACUACAACUCAUUAUGGCAUGAACUACUGAGUUGGUAGGCAAAUUUUAACAAGACUAUAAACCAUUGAAGAAUGUAGCAAAAAUAUCCCUCCAACAUAACAGUGAGAGUUUGCAGAGGGGCAGCAUUGUUCCACACUAUCAAUAUACUCAGGGUCACAGUGUCCUUUGAUGGCAUAUUAUCUUACCAUUCAGCACAACUACAGAGAAGGAGCAUCUCUUGUCCUGUCUUUCAGCCAGGCUCUCCCAGCUGUUCAGACGGGUCGUACCAACAGACAUGGCAGCAAAUGUUAGUAUAGAAACAUACAUCUGUUUAAAACUGUACAUGAAUGUUCUUAGUUGGGAUCUAAGCUUACCCUCUCUAACCUUCAAACAAAAUUCAAAGUAUCACUGAUGCCAUAAUACUUACUGUCCUCAAACACGUUCAGCGGUCAUUUGAGCACCGGCACCGCAUGACUGAACUUCACCAGCUCUGGCUUUUCUCCCAACCUUCUUCAGUCCAUGGUCUUUUUUUUUAUCCCUGUAUGGUUCCUCAGGAAAUUCCCAAACCACAGUUCUGUGCUGAAGCUGCAGGUACCCUGGUCUUCAGCGAUCUGGUCACCUCCAAUCAAUACCAGACUCUCCUCUGGCAGAUAGAUGCAGUACUGACUCUGUGGUGCGGUCUCAUUAGAGCAGAAAUCCUCAAAAACUGCUUCGUAGAGUUCGACCAGGCUGUGAUCAGACAACAUGUUCAGACACUGGACCUCUUUGAACUCCCUGAACGUCAUCAGAGGAAAGUGGAUGGUUUUCAUUAAUUUGAAUACAAACAAGCUCAGAUGGAAGAUAACUGCUUACUACUUAGAAAUGUUUGGCUGGCAGGUCUUUAAGGCGCAUGCUACCUUUUGGAUUUGGCUUACAUGGUCGUCAGAACACCAAUCUGCAAUGGCCCAAUAUCCAGAUUUCUUCUAAAUGUAUUAAGUUAUGUAUGUGUCAAAUUUGGCAAUUUAUCACAAAAUCAACAAUAGGUUAGCUAUACAGCUCCAUCUGAGUUUUUUUCUGCAUACCUAAUGAAGCAUGCCUGUUUUACUUUGACAUGUUCCCACUGUGUAAUCUGCUGAAAGCUAUUUUCUUGUCAUUUCUAGGCCAAACAUACACUGACUCCAGCUCUAUGCAUAACAGAGGCAUGGAUUUAAUAUCAAUCUCAGAACCUCACUCUCAGAAAAGAGAAAGUAAGAGUAUUUCCCAAAAUGUUGAGCUAUAACUUUUAACAGUCUGUGUUACCACUUCCUCCAAGAGAGGACAAAGACUGCUAACUGGAUAAUAACUGUUUCCCUGCAUGUAGUUUGUAUUGUACAGAGAGCAAGUCUUGGAAUAGUAAAUCAUGACUUACAGAAAUGUUCCACCUCUAAAAUUAAUAUGUACUGAGGUAACACUUGGCCAGUAUUAAACUCAUUGUAGCCUGUAAUAGUCAGCAAGAAUAACCUCUUCUUAUGUAUGCUUGUUAUGUGGAAUUCAUAUGUAAUUUAUACUCUCAGAAAUCACUUUAUAAGGAAUAGCUUACUAAUAAAGGUUACUCUGAAUGGUUUGUUUGUUGCACAUUUCUUACACUAGAAACUUCACAGAUUCUUUAUCAUGUUAAUA